CCCAACGCUCAGGUCGGGAGGGGGGGGGGGUCAUGGGAAGCUUCAAGGGCCACGCGCUCCCCGGGAGCUUCUUCCUGGUGGCGGGCCUCUGGUGGACGGGGAAGUUCUCGCUGUGGCGCGCCUCCCGCAGGAACAAGAACAUGGGCUCCACCCGCCUGGCCAGCAGGAGCUCACAGCGCCGCCUGGAGGUCAUCGAGAGCUCCGCGGUUCUCUUCUUCUCGUUGGUCGGGAUGCUGGCGGAGCAGUUUGCGGCGGACGGGCCGAGGCUCCGCCUCUACGACGCGGCGGGGAAGCACUGGGAGCAGCUGAUGAACUGGCAGCACGCCACCAUGUACCUGUUCUUCGGGCUGGCCGCGGCCGCGUCGCUGGUCAUCCACACCACGGACGCCGCGCCGCUGGCGCUGGACCGCCUGGUGCUGGCCGUCGCCUUCUUCAACGAGGGAUUCAUCUUCUUCUACCACCUGCACGGCCGCAGCCUGCUGGACGUGCACGUGCACCAGCUCCUCCUCUUCGCCAUCUUCGGCGAGGCUCUGGUGGUGUUCCUGGAGGUCUUCCACCGGGGCAACGUGGUCCUGGAGCUGCUGCGCUGCACCCUGACCCUCCUGCAGGGCAGCUGGUUCUGGCAGAUCGGCUUCGUGCUGUACCCCCCCCGGGGCCCCGAGUGGGACCCCAGUGACCACAACAACUUGAUGUUCGUCACCAUGUGUUUCUCCUGGCACCUCGCCUUCGCCAUGCUCGCCGUGAGCGCGCUCUACUGCACCGUCAGCUGUGUCGUUCGCUCCCGGCUGAAGAGGACUCCUCCGAUGGAAAUGGGUCUCCUGAAGCCCCGGGACCGGGAUCCAGAGUCAGAGGAUGAGAUCCUGUGAGGGAGGGCCGCGGGUUGUGACCCGUCAACAUGUCGCCUUAUAAAUCAGGGAUGUUCGCAGCUGUUCGACGAGAAGCCAAGCGUGAAGACACAAAAGGGAGGAGGGAAUGUUUUCAGGAAGUUUUGCUUUGGUAUAUAUAUAUAUAUAUAUAUUAUAUCUCUACCUCUGCCUUAAUUAAUCUGAUGUAAACCCGCUCGGCCUUCAAUCAUUACACUACAUGUCAUUUAGGGCUUGGGUGCCUUGCUCAGGGCCCCUCGUCACCCUCUGUACGCCUACUUAUGUCCUCAUAGCGUCUCAUGUACUCGUCAUAUCGCUUGUUUCCUCGUUGACUUGAGGGCCUGCUCCUCCUCUUCUGGGAGCCAACACAGGUUUCCCCAAAGAGGAUUUAAAGAAUAUUCUGUUUCAUUUUCGGUGUUGUCAAACCUAAAUGCUAAGAAAAUGAUUUUUAACAAAAUGAUUUUGUUCAUAUUGUUCCAGAUUGUUGGAACUGAAUUUUCUUCAUUUGUUUUUUUUCUUUUUGCUCUAUUUCUUCAGCGUGGCUUUAUGUUUUUAGUGUUAUUUAGAACUCACCACCAGAUAUCUGUCACUAUGUUAUUUAACCAAUAAAACAGUAAAAUCCCG